AUGUGGGAAGUGAAGCUGGAGCCCGACGUCAUCUCCUACAAUGCUGGGACCAGCGCGUGCGAGAAGGGCGAGCAGUGGCAGCGGGCGCUCGCGUUGCUGAGUGAGAUGCGGGAGGCGAAGCUGGAGCCCGACGUCAUCAGCUACGUCGCUGCGACCUGCGCGUGUGAGAGAUGCGGCCAGUGGCGGCAUGCGUUGUCGCUGCUCAGCGAGAUGCGGGAGUGCAAUGUGGAGACGAACGACAUCAGUUACAACGUGUGCACCACAGCGUAUGAAAGGUCGUCUCGCAAUUCGGCAGGAUUUCCCGGCUAUCGUGGGAUUGGUCUUUCGCAUUUUCGCGUGUCUUGCGAAGCACUGUGCGUGUGA